AUGAUUGGUGGUGAUUUAUCAUUAUUUGAAUGUGAAAAUUAUAAUGAAUUAACAGAAUUAGAAAAAGUAAUAUACAAAUUAAAAUGGUUAUUUUUAAUAAUGAUACUAUUAAGGAUACCUUGGUGUUUCUUUUCAUUUUUAUCAAUAUGUAAUAUGGCUAUAGAAAUAGUAACAAUUAUAAUUGGAUUAUUUGGAAUUAAAACUUUAAAAAAAUCAUUUCUAGUAUUGUAUUGCACCUUAUCAGAAGUAUCAUUUUUUAUGUCUUCAUACGAUAUUUGCCAAUUUUUAGAAAUUGGUAAUAAUAAUAAAUUUAAUAUAUCAUACCCUUUUAGAAUAUUAUUUACAGUUUUAUUCAUAAUAUGGAAUUUAUUUCAAACUCAAGAAUCAAAACCUUUAUUAAUUAGUAUAUCUGUAUCAACUGAUUCCAGAAAUGAUUUGACCACUACUACCACAACGACCGCUACAACAAAUAAUAUGGGUGAAGAAUCAGUAUAA